AUGCCUCGCGCCGCUUUGAGGCCAAGUGAGCACCUUCGCUUCCUGGGUAUCACUGCCAGAACCUCCCGCACCUACAAACAAGCUCUCCGAAGAUUCUUCCAGUACACACGUUUAUUUCACAACGUUUUGCCGAAUUCAUUUGUUGCCUUAGACGAGAUGUUGAGCGAGUACAUUAACCAUGUGUACCAAGAAGGUGAUCACCUUAGCCAAGCAGGUUGGGUUUUGAGUGCAAUGAAGCGUUUUUACCCCCGAGCACGACGCCAACUACCUACUGCUCAGCAAUUUUACAACAACUGGAAACGACAGCAUGUGCCCUCCCGAGCAGUUCCACUCACAUGGUUGGUUGUCAGAGCGAUGGCUGCAGCAGCCACCAGAGUUGGCCGCAUGGACAUGGCCCUUUGCCUUUUUCUUGGCUUCGUGUUUUUUCUAUGA